UCCUCUGGUUUCUUUAACCGUCGCAGCGAAGGAAGCCAACUCACUCGCUGAAGCCGUCGGCUACAUUCGUUUCCUCAUCAUCGUCCAAUGGGCAUAAAACCAAAACGUAACAGCUUCUUCAAGGUCCUGAUCGGCGACUUUGCCACCAGGCUUCGAAUACCGCCGGCUUUUGUGGCCAAAUUCCAAGGGACAUUCCCUGGAGACGUGUUGAUCAAAGCCAAAGAAGGGGGUUCAUCUUCGUCAUGGCCCGUUAAAAUACACAAAACUAGUGCAGGCUGCUUCAUGCACCACCACGGCUGGGAAAAGUUCGUUCAGGAUAACCAUUUACAAUCUUGCGACUCCUUGGUCUUCAAUCUGACCUACGCCUCCUCUUGGGUGUUCAGCGUUGUGGCUUAUGGUCCAACUUGCUGCCAAAAGAAGCUCAUGAUGAUGAACUCACAAAUCAUUGAAGAGAACACCGAGGAAGCUGUCCCAGUUCUGUAUCCACCACCAAAAUUCGAGAUUGAGGUGACGGCGGAUGCGAGUGAUCAAAAUGGGCAACCCUAUUUUUGCAUUGUUUUUAAAAAAUACCUCACGCGCUCCGUGAUGAGUAGUGACUAAAGAGUAUUGUAUCAUCAUUAUUAUCCAUAUACAUACGUGACUGGAGAGUAUUGUAUCAUCAUCAUCAUCUAUAUCUGUACGUACGUCCCUUGGUUUAAUCUUCUGUCUCUUUUUUCAGAUCGUUUUGAAGUGGUUUAUGAAGAAGGUUGGGCUAUUGCUAAAGAAAUGAAUGGUGCUGAGGAACGAGCAAGGGAAGGUGUGGGCCGUUAAGCUGACGGCAAGAUCAUAUGAUAGUGGUUGGAGGAAUAGGACUGAUAUGAUUUGUGAGUGGUUUGAGUUCCGAGUGAACAACAACAUCCAAAAUAGAGACACUUGUUUGUUCAAGUUUCUUCAAACUAAUGAAAAUCUAAUCCAUGUCCAGAUUUGUAAGGCACGUCAGUCGAACAGCAAUAAAGGAGAAGAACACUAGAAGAAACCACGACCUUCUCGACCUCCACCUCCACAACACCAGCCACCAAAGUAUGUCGCCUAUCAUUGGUGGUUUUGCUUAAAGAAGUUGGCUUUUGGCUAACGAUGCUUAAAGAAGUUGGCUUUUGGCUAAUGAAUGCAUCGGAUAUCUAUCUAUCUAUCCAUAUGUAAGAUGAUUUUGUUGGUGUAAAAUGCGACUUCUAA